AUGGCUGAGUCAUCAUCUUCUUCGGGAUCUGAUUCGGAUGUAGAGCCCACCGAUCCCAACAUGUGGAUCAUACCUGGACCCUACAGGUGGGAGGUCCUUCGUCAGAGGACGCAGAAAGGUCAUAUUUCACAGCGUGUGUGGAAUACUGAGCAUGUAAGAAAGAUUAAGACGAGGCGUGGGAAGCCACAAGGGGGCCACCUACCGGUGCUAUUCCACAGGUUGUGGAAGAGUACCUCAGACAGGCGGGUUUCAUACAUGUUGCCAGGAUGCAACAUAUCCAGGUGGAGACCAGAGACACAUACCUUUCACAUGACCCAAGGUGAGAUGACGAUCACCUUACAAGAUGUGGCAGGCAUCUUGGGCUUGCCGACCGACGGUACUGUCGUCAUCGGAUCGAUCUCUGAGGAUUGGCACGCUGCUUGUGCUGGUGUUUUUGGACAUGUUCCAGAGGCCGGUGAGUUCCAUCAUUCUGGCGACCUCCGCAUCUCAUUCUUGGAUCGACAUUAUACCCGGUGGACUGAUCAUGAAGGGAAUCAUGCUGCCGAGAUCUACUUCACAAAAGCUCACAUUGCGCGGAUGUUGGGGACUUGGUUGCUGGCGGACAAGUCUGGAGGUAGCAAUUUUGGUUGUCGGCUUGUCCCGUUGCUAGGUGGAGGAUUUGAGGACAUUGGCCGAUUCAGCUGGGGAUCUGCAGUUUUGACACACUUGUUCAGGAAUUGGUGUGAAGUGACAGAUGCCCGUCGAAGCGACAUGGGUGGUUGCCAUAUUCUCCUUCAAAUUUGGGCAUGGAUACGAUUCCCACCCAUUGCUCCACCCCUUCCUCCUCAUCCACAGCCGGGCACACAUUAUGGAUGCCGGUUUAAUGCUGUACAAAAGUUUAAACCUCAUGAGGUCACCCAUUAUCGGGCAACAUUGGACACACUCUGUAGAGAUGAGGUGGUGUGGCAGCCGUAUAUAGAAUAUGAGUGGCUUGACGUGACUCCAGAGCAGCAGUAUCUGUGGCUAGCUCCCACACCUAUUAUCUACUUCCACACAGUUGAGGCAUGUCAACCGGAUAGGUGCAUGCGACAGUUUGGUCUUAAUCAACCCAUCCCAGAAAAAUCUAGAAAAUUGAGAGGAAUACAUGAUCAUACUCUACGGGGGAAGGUUGAAGAGAACUGGAGACGUAAGCUCCGGGCUCACAUUGAUCGAUGGAAUACUAGGAUUCAACAUAUUGUACUGCCACCUCCAUUAUAUGGUUUGAUGUCACCUAAUCAUGAGUACAUGGAGUGGUUCAGAGAGAGGGGAAAGCGCUACAUAUCACGGAGGGCAGCAAAGAUAGGGCGCUACAUGACACAGAUGGUUCAGACUUUAUCAUCCCUGCAUUGA